AUGGCCUCUCCAGAACUCGUAGCAGCUCUGGAGUCGGUCGCAGACAGUGCGUCUAGUGUCAAGACGCGAACCUACAAUGACCUACUUUCGCAACUCACCAACCAUCCACCCGAAUCUCCCGAAGAAUAUGCUGCGGAUUUGAUCGCCUACGUCGAUGCCAUUCUUUCGUCUUCCCUAGGAAUCAUUGCCAUCCGGCCACUUCUGGCUAGUGUCAUCAAAUCGCUACGUUCUGCGCCGUCGGAAGUCAAGGUCAAGGUCGGCUCGUAUAUCGCCGAGGCCUUACAGUCUCAGUUGGCUUCAUAUGAAGAGCAGGAUGCAGCGGUCCGAGAGAUACUGGCAGACGGCUACGAAGCGGAGGAGGAGUACAGUGCAGCCGCAAAGGCGCUACAAGGCAUUCAUCUAGAUACCACACAACGCCAGGUGUCAGACCGGUCUAAAGUCGAGACGUGGAUCCGGAUCGUGCGAUAUUACCUGGAAGACGACGAUACUGUAUCAGCGGAGACGGCGUUGAACAAGAUCAAAAAUUCGGCCGCCGCGGCGCAAGUCUUGAAGGAGGCUCCUGACCUACGGUUACAUUAUCAAUUAUCCCAAGCACGGAUACUGGAUUCUAGGAGGGAUUUUCUGACGGCAUCGGCGGAAUAUCUUAAUGUGUCUUUCAACUCCAUGAUUGACGAGGAAGAGCGUCGGCGGGCUCUAUCUGCCGCCAUCAAGACAGCCAUUCUCGCUCCGGCCGGGCCCCAGCGAAGCCGCAUGCUGGCCAAGUUGUACAAAGAUGAGAGGUCUCCCGAGACGGAAGAAUAUGGAAUUCUCGAGAAUAUGUUUCUGGACCGGCUGUUGUCUCCCGCGGAAGUGGAAGCGUUUGCUUCUACAUUGGCUCCCCACCAACUUGCCAAAACAGCAGAUGGCAGUACCGUGCUCAGCAAGGCGGUUAUCGAACACAACCUGCUAGCCACCAGCCGUCUCUAUGGGAACAUCAAGACUGAUGCUUUGGCUCGGAUCCUCGGUCUCACCGAUAGUGAGGACGAAACGGCCGCUGAAAAGGCCGAGGAUUAUGCCGCGAGAAUGGUGGAACAGGGUCGGCUGCGCGGCGAGAUCGACCAGAUUGAUGGAGUGAUCAUGUUUGAGACUAUUCCAGACGUCGAGUUGAGUGGCCCUGUUCGUGACCUCCGGGCAUGGGAUCACGCCGUGCAGGGGUUGAUGGAAGAUGUGGAACGGUGUGCUGCCAGUCUCAGCGAGAGCUUUACAGUAAGUUGCCCUUGA